GAGUAAGCGAAAGGUUUAUGUUCGGAAGCGCUGGUCCUCACGGGGAGUGGCUGAACCCUCUUCCAAUUUCAUCCAAGACUUUAUUCUUCUUCGUCUUCUCCUCUCUUGCGAUCGAAACCAAAACCCUAUCACAAUCCAAAUCGGAGCUUCUCUAAUUUUCUGGAACCUUAUACGCGCCAUUUCUCCCAAAUCCCCGCUCUCCUCAUGGAUUCCUUCCAGCAGUCCCACGGCUACAUCAGGCCUCCCCACCCGCCUGAUCCCCACCACCACUUCCACCAGAUGCCUCCGCCGCCGCUCCCGCCGCGUCAGCCUGCACCUCCCCAAGCACCAUGGUACUCCUCUCAAUUCCAGUACCACCACCCUUCUCAGACCCCCUCCCCUCCGCCGCAGUGGCCUCAGCCUCCGCAGCCGCAACACGCCGAGCAUUAUCCGCCGGCGGCAUCGUAUCCUCCACCUCCUCCUUCGUCGAACCCUUACCCUUACCAUCCCAGCCAGUUCCAUGCUCCUCCGCCUCCACCUCCUCCCCUUCCCCACGCUCGUUCUCACGCUCCUCCUCCUCCUCCUCCUCAGUUCAUCCCUCACUCCCACGUUUCUCAGCAGCCCUAUCAUCAGGAAUGGAGCAACCCAAGCUGGCCUGCCAACCAAGGUUAUCCUGCCCAAAAUAAUGAAGAAGAUUGGGCUGCUAAGGCCAGAGCAUGGGCUGCUAAGUCUACUAUGGAAAGUCAGCAUCCACAGUCACACUUUUCACCUGCUGGAAGAGUGCAAGAGCAAAACCAUUAUCAUGACCAGUAUCAGCAAUCUGCUGACUCACGCUAUACCGAUGUUCAAAACCAGUCCCAUCCAUCAUCAACCUAUCAGCAAUUUUCCUACUUGGAUGCAUCUGCACAACGGCUCUCAGGACAUUCCCAGGAUGCUGCAUCUAUCAGUUUGGAGACCUCAUAUACUUCAGAUGGACAUUCAUAUGGUGCUAGAGAUGGAACCAACACUGGAGAUCCAACAGUUUCAUUUGAACAGGGAAACUUGCCUACAAAUCCAUCAGUUCAUCAGCAGGAGGUACCUUCUAGUUAUAGUUCUGUUACAGGUAAGGAGGCUGCUGAGCAUAUUCAACAAUCAUACACAAUGUUCCCACCACCGGUUUCCUCAUCACAAGAACAACAGCAUGUGCAACCUCCUCUCCAAGCAACCUUUGCACCUGGCAGCAAUUCAGUGGACCCUGCUAUCAGUCUUGCUGAUCAACCUUUAGACUUUGCACCUAGGUUUAGUCAUGAUAGUGACCUGCAAAUGCAGUCGACUUAUAGUCAUCAUGAUUCGGGUACUUCUAUGAACAACUGGGCUGCUCCAGUGGCCCCUGCCGGUGGUUAUGCACCAAUACCUGCAAUUCUUGCCUCUGGGCCACAGCAUGAUCCUUCUAUUUCUGGUCCUGGUCAUGUGGCACCACCAUUUGGAAGGUUUCCAGGACCUGGACUACCUCCAGCAAUUCCCCCAACUAGUGCACCCUUUGCUCUUAGCACAGGAGCUGCAGUUCACCCUACAGCAGCUUUCUCUGCUGAUCCAUAUGGUGUUCCAGAACGUCCAAAGAAGGCUUCAGUCCCUAACUGGCUUAGAGAGGAAAUAAAGAAAACAGUCAUUGCUGCUCCUUCUGCAGAGCACCCAAAAGCGGAAACAUCUGUGGACGAUGGCAUUGGUAAAACGUAUGCAAAGGGUGAUGAGACAGAUAGCAAGAGCAUUGAUUCCUCUAGAUCAGAUGAGGAGGAGGAUGAAGAGGAUCUUGCUGAAGCAGCUAGAACUGCAGCAAUCAACCUAGAAAUAAAGAGAGUUCUUACGGAAGUUCUUUUAAAGGUUACUGAUGAAUUAUUUGAUGAAAUUGCAACAAAAGUUCUUGAUGAAGAUGGUCUGACUGCUGAAGUGGGUCAUAAUGGUGCCACUUCAAACCAUAAGCCAUCAGCAUCUCCACCAUCAUCAGUUCAAGUUCCUAAGGCAUCUGCAAAGGUUCUAGUUCCAGUCAAAGCAAAGGAGUUCGAGAAUGAUGUUGCCAUUGAAAAAUCUAAUUCCAGUUCUCCUGGAGAUGUUUUAGGUCUUGGAAAUUAUGGUUCUGAUGCUGAUGAUGGAGAUGAUGAAAUUGAGAGUUCUAGUGUGCCAACUCCUUCAAAAGAUGCUACUAAUCGGUCAAGGCUCAAGAAAAGUUUGGAAGAUACAAAUAAUUUCCCUGUUAAUAGCAGCUCUCAACUUGAAGAGCAUGAAAGAAGUCAAACAAAAUUAGAGGAUAAGCCGGUCAAAACCGGCUCAUUACAACCCAGAAUUAGCAACGGGGCUGCUACUGAUCAGUUGCAGGGUAAUAAGGUGCCCAGAGAAUUGGAUAAUUCGAAUUCUAAAGAUAAUAGGAGGACUGAAGCCUUGGAAAGAAGCCACAAUGGAUUUAAUGGUCUUAGUUCUAAAGAUUCUUCAGGGUUACCAAAAUCUGAAUUGCCUGGAAAGAAUGCUGCCGUGGAGAAAGCAGUAGAUGAUAAUCCAGUUAGGGAAGGCAAAAGAAGAUCAGAGAAAAAUGACCGACAUGAUAGGAGUUCUGAAAAGGAGUCUGUUAAGGAGGUACAUGUUAACAAGACUGGGACAGAUGAAAAAAGUGAUGAGAUCCAUAGAAGAAAGGAUGAGAAACACGGGAGAAAGGAAAAAAGAGAUUACAACAGUGAGGCAAAAGAAAGAAAGGAGCUCAAUUUACGGCAUGGAGAGAAGGCAAAGGAAUCAGAGUCGAGGAAAAAGUCCUCUCAUGAUGUCAAGGAUGAUAAGAAGGAAGCAGACAAGCCCCAUAGAAGUAGUGGCUUUGAAGAUACUAGCCGGAGAAGGGGACAUACAAAGGAUAAGGGGGAACAUAAAUCUAGGCAAAAAGAUGCAAGCAACCCUGAUAGGCACAAAAGACGACGUUCAUCUUCAGUAGGCAGUAGAGGCAGAACCAGCAGGGACCAUGCUGUUAAUCAUUCUGGUGUUUCAAGCGGUGAAGGUUCAGAUGGCUCAAAAAGGAAGCCACAUUCAAGAAGACGGGACUUAUCACCAUCUCCAGUCAGGUCUAAGAGAAGACAAGUUUCGCGGUCUCCUUAUAGCAAGCGUUCUCAGCGCAGGCAUUCUCCCUACUCUUCUCUUGAUAAUUCCAGGUUUGUUGGCAUAAGGAAGGAGGUCAAGAUCCAGAUCACCUGUUCGGCGGCAAAGAUGAAUGCCAGGUUAAAGCACCACUCUCUCUUUUUCAAUAAGACUUGGCAGAACACAACCAUCACAAAGUUUCUUCCUAACACAACACAAACCAUGAAGGAAUCUUUUAAGGUGGAGCUCUGGUCAAUUUGGCUAUCUGGGUUAGUCUUGAUUGGUCUUUCUCUCUAUGCUACUCAGAGGCUACCUUUGCACAAUAAGGAUCACAGCAGAAUCACUAUCUCCAACCUCAACAACAACGUCGCAUCGGAUUCAACAGGUUUGAGGAUUACCAUAUUCACUGCUCCUAAGCCUUUUAAGGGCUCCACUGGGACAAAGCAGUCACUGGCUAUUCAAUCAUGGCUUGCUCUAUCUCCAAAUGUUGGUGUUGUUUUGUUCAGCAAGGAUCCUUCUGUUGCUUCUUUUUCUGGAGCUUUUGGCUCCCGGGUUUUGGUUGAUACCAACAUUGAUUUCACCUUCCUUGGUACACCUUUUCUUCAUUCCAUGAUUGCAAGAUCACACUCAUUCACAUCAGACAUAUAUGUCAUUGUUGAUCCUGAAACUGUUAUCCUUUCCGGAUUCAUCUCCACCUUAAACCAUGCUUAUGAACUUGACCAUGAUUGGCUUCUAGUUGCUUCAUCACAAAAUGUGUCUCACUUCCCAUUUCAUUUGGACAAUUCUGGGAAACAUUGGCUACUAGACAAUGGGGAACAUGUGAAGACCCAUGAGAUUCAGAAAAUGCUUCAGCAGAAUUGGCAGGGGAAUCAAUGCUACACAAGCAUGAUCAUUGCAUGGAACAACAAUGAUGCGCCUCUACAUAAUGGAGUUCUUCCUCCUUUCUUGUACAAUAAGGGUAUACACAACAAUUGGCUUAUUCAUGAAGCAAUGUCAUCUGAGUUCAGAUUUGUGUUUGAUGCUACUUUGACCAUCACAAGUUUCCAUCUGAAUGGUGACCAGGAUAUUGAAAAUAGGGAAUGGGAGUACAUUGGAAAUUCUCAUUUAGGUGCACAUUAUGGCUCAUUCUUCUUCAGUGAAGCCAAUUAUUCUAGCAUUCCCAAACUUUUCAAGUGUUAUAAACAAUACAUUAUUCUUGACACUGAUAAGAACAUUGUUUAUCCGAUUGGACACAAUAGAAAACUGAACUUGUGGAAGGAAAAUAUUUUCUCUUCUUGGUUAGAGAAAAACACCAUGCAUUGCAUUGCUUGUCUGAAAUCACAGAUCAUCAGAAUAUUGGAUUGCUCUCUAAAGGGUCAAAUGAAAACUUCAGAGCCUCUGGAGAUUCCUUUCUCUUUAGAAUCACUCCUUUCUAUCUCGGCGGACGAAACCAAAACCAUUGUUCUCACAACUGCUGGAUUUAGCUAUAAGGAUAUGCUGAUGAGUUGGGUUUGCAGAUUGCGAAAACUGUCCAUUAAAAACUUCAUUGUUUGUGCUCUAGAUCAGGAAACUUAUCAAUUCUCCAUCUUGCAGGUGUGUGUUGAUUUUCUGCCUGAAAAAUUUAUAUUUCAAAGUAGUACCUGUAUCAAGUGCUUCCAGAGGGUGACAAAAGUGAAGUCAAGAAUGGUCUUAAAGAUACUCAAGCUAGGUUACAAUGUUCUUCUUAGUGAUGUGGAUACAUAUUGGUUCAAAAACCCACUUCCCUUGCUUCAAUCUUUUGGUCCUGCUGUUCUUGCUGCACAGUCUGAUGAAUUCAAUAAAAAAGGACCAAUAAACCUUCCGAGACGCUUGAACUCUGGCUUCUAUUAUGCUCACUCUGAUGGUCAAACCAUUGCUGCAAUGGAGAAAGUGGUGAGGCAUGCACAAACUUCAAGCUUAUCUGAGCAGCCAAGCUUCUAUGACAUGCUGUGUGGAACAGGAGGAUCCAACCGUGUCGAUGAUAAUCGAUGUGUUGAAUCCGAAACAAACAUGACAGUAUAUUUCUUAGAUAGAGACCUUUUUCCAAAUGGUGCAUACCAAGAUCUGUGGCAGAAGAAGAAUGUGAGUGCAGCAUGUUUGAAGAAAGGAUGCUUCAUUAUCCACAACAACUGGAUCAGUGGGAGGUUGAAGAAGCUUGAGCGCCAAGUCAUGUCAGGUUUGUGGGAGUAUGACUCUGGCACAAGGAUGUGCCUGCAGAGCUGGCACACUAUAAAACCAUGAAGUUAAUUUUGAUGAACCAAUUCAAUUCCUUCUUAUCUAAUCUAGAGACAAUUUUUGUUCUCAUCCAAGAAGACAGAGCUAAAAGCCAUGCCUCAAUUUUUUUUGUGAAUUUUGAAUGUCUUGGUUUCAUCACUGCUUCAUAGCCGGCCGUUGAAAACAAGAUGAUAUUUGGUGGUAA